UGCCUUUUAUUAUUAACGUUUCUAUCGCAUACUCGAUGUAGUUUACAAAAGAAAUGUGGCCGAAAGUCUUUUGUUUGAAAACUCUUUAAAUUGCCUUUUUGUUCUUGUAGUUAUUAAAGUACGAAAGCUUUCAUAAUUCAAUGUGCGUAAUGUAUUUCAGUCUUGCAGUUGAGGUUAAGUUACCGACGUUCUGCGAGUUCCACAAACACAACAUCACUUUACGUCUUCUGACGUCAUCACGCACCCAGUGUUUAGUUUCCGCGCCGAGCCGUUAUGGCAGCAGCGAUUAUCCUCGACAGUAAGCCGGGCGAGCAGCCGACAGAUGGGGGAGAGGACGCGGAUAGGUCGAUGUUGAGGACCGACAGCGGGAGCGGAGAAGAUUCCAUGGACGGUCUCUCCAACCGGGUCCCCUGCUGUCCUCUGACCCCAUCGCUGUCGCCACGGAAACGGACCACGAGCCAGUCCAAGACAGAGCCUCCGCUGCUGAGGACCAACAAGAGGACCAUCUACACCGCCGGCAGACCACCGUGGUACAAUGUCACCGGGACCACCUUCAAAGAGGCCUUCGUCAUCGGUGUCAAACUCCAGGCUUUUAGGGUCGGUGUCCUGCGUAAACCACAUACAUUUCUCAAUAGAAGAAUCUCAGUUUUCUUCACGUUGAGUUUCAGAAUAGAUAAACUGAAAAACCUCUGUCAUGCUCAAACCUUUUUUUCUACAGAUGUAAGUUUAGCAAACCGUAAUCUAAUGGUUUCUUUCUGUAUGAGCCUUUAUGGCGACACAUCAUGCUGAUCUGCACAGUAAAACAUCCGAGUCAGCGAGCUUCCCAGCAGCUGUGGAGUGAGCUCCAGGUGUGCGUGUUUGACAUCCACGGAGCGCCGUAGCGUGAAUAAACUCAUCAGACCGGCGUGAGCGGCGGGAAGGAGAGGCGGACGUUCUCCUCAGUCUGCAAUCUGUUAUCGCCAAUGGAGCGUAGUGACUGGUCCCAAUUUCACACACGGCUGAAAGGAGCAGCGGAAAACUGGUCAGACUUUCGCUGAGGAAGAUGUAGUAAAAUUUGGUGCAAGAUGGAGAGGGGAGCGAAAGAGGGAAAUAAUUACGACUAAAACCAUAAAAUGGGAAGAAAAUAAAAGAAAUUGAAAUGAAAGGAGGUAAAACCUUGUGUCUGCCAUCUUUUUUUAACAAUUGGGUUUUUAUUGCUAAUAGAAAACAGGGUUUGUUGCGUUGCAGCAGAGCAGCUUUCACAGCUGGGUGACUUUAAAACAUGUUUAGAUGAAAUAAAAGGAAAACGUGUUUCUACAACAUCCCCACAGCUGUACUUAAAGAUAAAUACAAGCAGCAUUUGUUUAGUCCAGUAAAAUAAGUGUUUUGCUAAAAGUCACUUAUUUUCUGUUACAUAUUUGUAUGUAAUUGUAAUUAUUUUGUAGAAAUCCGUUUUAUUUUUCUUUGUCAAAAAAAGCCACAUUUUGACUGAUUUGUGACAGCAAUAAAUACUGUACAUACUGGUACACCCAUAUUUUAUUUUUUGAAGUGAUAUGGCUUAAAAAAUAAAAUCUCAGAUUUUUUUAUACCAGA